AUGAAGAGCCUCAACGACGAGCAGGAGGAGUCCGUCAUGUCCUUGGCGCUCCUCCAGAACAAGAUAAAGAGAGACCCUUUGGCCUACCGCGAAGAAUUCCUUUUGCAGCUCACAAACUUCAGGGGCCUCGCGGAGGCCCUUAAGCAGCAGCCCUACAGGCCCACGCGAAAGCUGCAAAGCCUCGUCAUGUUCCUCGCUCACACGGCCCCUUGCUACAGCGCCGAAGUGCAAGACGCGUGGGCAGGGGGGCCCCCCAGGGGCCCCCAGGACUUGCCGGUGUUUGACGCGUUUGGUACGGAGUCAAUACCAGCCCCGGGGGGCCCCUCGCCCUCUGAAGAAGUGAAACAAAUUAUUCUGGAGCUGCUGACUCAAGUGGAGCUGCACCCCACCACCCGCCACGCGCUUCUUAACGCGAUGCUGCUGCUGAGAAGCCGAAAAAUGGUAAACCCUAAACCCUAA